AUGCCGCAAAAUCACUACAAAAACCAUCGAUCUUUGUGCAUCAGGCAAAAACACCGAUAUGUAACUAGGAAAAUCACUACAAAAAUCGUCGAUAAACUAUUGGAAUGCCACGAUCUGUGUAUACCAGGUGACUUGUCGCCGAAUGUGGUGUUGUCGGAGAAGGGAGAGAGAAGGGUUGUGGAACUCUACGGUUCGCAGCUCCGAUGCUACAAGUUCGUAGUGCUGAUGCCAACAGCAGUGCUGGUUGCUGCUUCAAGUAGCGACAACCAGCCCGGUUUCUUGAUUCAAGUCUAUGAAAGGGAGAGAACAAGGAUAAGGGACAACAACCUUCUUGGUAAAUUCGAGCUCUCUGGCAUUCCUCAGAUUACCGUGUGCUUUGACAUUGAUGCCAAUGGUAUUUUCCCGCCACCAUUUUUCUUAAAUCUACCACCCAUUUUCUUCCUCGAGUUCUUAAACUCUGAUUCGUGGCUUGGAAACCUGAAGAUUGAUCCAGCAUUACCCAUCUCCUCACUUUGA